GUCCGCCAUCUGAUCGGGUUGAUCCCAUCAUUGGUGCUUUCAUUGAGAGAUACUGUGAGAUAAGGCUGUGAGAUUAUGGCCGGACGAAGGACGAGACGUAACCCUGCUGCUUCCGCCCAAUUGACGGUAAGGAGUGACAACCCAGAACAGGGUAUGAUAGUUCCUGUCAAUGGGUUGGAAACGACACUAAAUAAUGUGGCCAACAUGAUGGCUAACAUUAUGGAGCGAUUGGAUAAAGCUCUUCCGGGUCCAUCUGGUACCCGGGACAUCCCUACCGGGCAACCUCGCCAGGUCCUGCGUACUGCGAGUUCUCCUAUCCUCCAGGAGCUCUAUGAUCCGGAGGAGGUUGAAAGGGAGAGGCAAUCCAUUGACAGACGCCGGGCGGAGGAGUUGGCCCAGAAUAACAAGGUGAAUGAAGGCCGGGCUAAGGAUGCAAGCCGGAUCAUCUGCGAUGGUAACGAACACCCGCGGGGAUCUGUCUUUGAAAGGAUAUCUCGCCAGAAAGCUCACGUUAGUGAGAGGCUGGGGAAGAAUCCGGAAAAGGCACCCCAGGGUUGGAUACGACCCCAGGCCAGCCAGGUGGCAUCGUCUAAUCGUGAACCACGGCAGCGAAAUGGCCGUGGUGCGAGCCAAUUGCUGGUCCGGUCAUUGAGGAAUCUGGAGGAGGAUGAAGUUCAAAGCCAAGCCAGGGUCCCAGCACCACGGCGUCUGGGACCGCCGAUGCCGGAAGCCGGUGAGUUCCAGGAUCUGAGGCAGCAGAUCCAGGAGAUGCAGAAGAAGAUUAACAAGGGUCGAGUAUUCACUACCCGUACGAAUACCCCCUUAGCCCCGGAGAUCUUCGCGGAACCAUAUCCGCAGGGAUUCAAGAUGCCAUUUGUUAAGCGUUAUGAUGGGGAGUUGGACCCCCAGGAACACAUAAACAACUAUGUCCAAGUGAUUAUUGCCGUGGACGCUAGUGACGCACUCAUGUGUCGGUGUUUCUUGCAGACAGUUGACAGCAAGGUCGCGGAUUGGGUUAACCAUGUCCCUGCCGGAUCGAUCCGGACGUGGGAUGAAUUGGGACUACGGUUCCUAGAGCAUUUCGCCGGGAACUGCCAUCCCAAGAAGCAUUUCACUCACUUGGCUUCAGUACGACAGAAGCAUGGAGAAUCCUUGAAGAAUUUCCUUAUCCGAUGGAGGAAAGAGUCUAGGGAGGUUGAAGGAACCGAUGAUAAAUCCAGAGAUAAAGAAGUGGCCCAAGCUGAGGCCCAGGAGAAACGCCACAUCGGGCUCGAAGACGAAGAGGAAGAUUCGGAACCCGCACCGCAUCGCCAGAAGAGACACCACGGGUGUAACUUCAUCAUUGGAGGGAAUACUGGCGGGGAUUCAGCCACAAGCCGGAAGAAAUGGGCUAACGCGGCGAUGGUCAACAAGGUGCUGGUCCUUGAAGGUAUGAAGCUGAAAACCGAGCCAAUUGUAUUUUCUAAUGCUGAUCUUCCAGAGACAGGGGUCCCUCAUAGGGACGCCCUAGUAAUUACUAUUGAUAUAAUGGACUUACUGAUCCACAAAACCCUUGUGGAUACAGGAAGCUCCGUUAAUAUCAUGUAUAUGGAUACAUACAAGGCUCUCGGUUUGACAAGAGAUGAAUUAUCACCCAUCAAGACUCCACUGACCGGGUUCACUGGUGACUCUAUUGAACCAGAGGGGGUAAUAACCCUCCCGGUUGAGAUAAAGGAUACUAAGGCUACCCGGAAGCUGGACAUGGAGUUUGUCGUGGUGAGGAUAAUCUCCAGCACGAACAUUAUCUUGGGCAGACCCGGAUUGGAAGAUUUGGAGUGUGUUAUCUCACCUCGUCACCUGUGCAUAAAAUUCCCAACCCCCCAUGGAGUUGGAAUUGCCAGGGGAUCUCAGAGAGUAUCCCGGGCAUGGUAUUUGAAGGCAACCAAACAGCCGGUCAAGUACGAUACCCAAGUAGGAGAAGUGACUGCGCAACUCUUGAGGGCUGAGGAAAAACGUCCCAGAGUAGAAGUGGCUGGCGACAUUGAAGAAGUGGAAUUGGAGCCAGGCACGCCGGGAAGGUUGGUCAGGAUUGGCAAGGACCUGGGGGCUGAACUCAGAUCACGAGUGAUCUCAGUCCUUAGAAGGUUCAGAAGGGUCUUUGCGUGGAGUCCAGCGGAUAUGCCAGGGCUGGAUCACAAGAUAGCAGUUCAUCGCCUAAAUGUCCUGCCCGAUGCUAAACCAGUGAAGCAGAAACAAAGGCAUUUAUCACGGGAAAGAAGAGAUUUUGUAAAGAAGGAAGUAGCAACCCUGCAGAGCAUUGGGCACAUCCGGGAGGCUCACCGGAUUAUUGUGCUCACCAAUGAGCCAUUGGCGUCACUUACCCGAAGCCUGGCGGCAUCUUCCCGGAUGACCAAGUGGGCGGUCUUUAUCAGUCAGUACAACGUGGAAUUCAGGCCGCGCCCAUCCAUCAAGGGGCAAGCACUCGCCGACUUUCAAGUCGAGUGCACUGCUAGAGAAAUGACAAGAGCCCAGGUUGAAAUCCGGGUGGAGAAGGACUGGUGGAUAAUGAGCAUCGAUGGAUCUUCUGGGUCUCGAUCUUACGGAGCAGGUAUCAUCUUGAUCACCCCAGAAAAAUUCCGGAUUUAUUACGCUAUCAGAUAUCAGUUCCGCGUGUCCAAUAAUGAAGCCGAAUAUGAGGCCCUGAUCAAUGGAUUGAAGAUUCUUAGUAAGAUGGGAGUAUCCAGGGUUCAGGUCUACAGCGACUCCCGACCAGUGGUGGGACAAAUCACAGGGGAAUUUGAAGCAAAGGAAGAAAGGAUGAAGAAGUAUCGGGACUUGUCUUUAGAGAUGUUGGGGAAGUUUGAGUUUAUGCUUGAACAUAUACCCCGGGCCCAGAACGCAGAGGCCGAUGUUCUAUCCAAGCUUAGCGCAGAAUCGCCGGAAUACAUAAGCAAAUUAGCAACUGUCGAAGAGCUGGUAACCCCGAGUCUUAGCAACAGUGAAGUGAUCUGGGUAUCAGCUGAUCCCCCGGAAUGGCUGGACCGGUUGGCCAAAUAUAUUGAGGACGGUGAAGCCCCGGAGGAUCCCCAAGAAGCACGUCUAUUACGAAUGAGGGGACCAACCUACAAGGUGCAGGAUGGAGUCCUCUAUAAGAGGUCUUACAAUGGUGUUCUACUCCGUUGCCUUAGAGCAGCAGAGGCGAAGGCACUGAUGGAAGAAAUACACGAAGGAGUAUGUGCUGCACAUCAGGGUCCUUAUUCCAUUUCUAGAAGGGCUAUCAUCCAGGGAUACUUCUGGCCAACAAUGAGGAAGGAUUGCGAAGAGUAUGUACGCAAGUGCCCGACCUGCCAGCAAUUCCAGAAUAUACCUGGGAGGCCAGCCACGAACUACACACCCAUCAGCUCCGUGAUUCCCUUCUCAAGAUGGGGGAUUGAUAUUGUGGGAGCCCUGCCGAAAGGAGCAGGGCAAGCAAGGUGGAUUGUGGUGGCGAUAGAUUAUUUCACGAAGUGGAUGGAAGCUGAACCACUUGCAGGGAUCACCGGAAGGCAGAUGAUUGACUUCGUCGAAACCAAUAUACUCUGCAGGACGACUCCAAGGAGAGCCACAGGUGACACUCCUUUUGGCUUGGCUUAUGGUUUUGAAGCCCGGGCUCCCGCUGAGGUAGUAAUCCCCACCAGGAGAGAAAUGGAAUAUGACCCGGAGGUGAACGAACAGAAUCAGGCCGUAGAGCUGAAUUUCGUUGAAGAACGAACGGAUGAAGCAUGUAUCCGGGCAGAAAAUUAUCGUCGCCAGGUGAAAUCUUACUUUGAUAGCAAGGUGAAACCAAGGGCAUUCCAGGUGGGGGAUUACGUUCUGAGGAAACGCGAGAAAAGUCAACCAACUAAGGGUGGGAAGUUGGCUAAGAAGUAUGAAGGACCUUAUGUCAUCAAGGCCGUUGUCUGCCCAGGACGAGGGGCUGCUCCCUUCAAUGAAGAACCAUUGCUGGAAGGCUUCAACAGGUUUGGAGAAGCAGUCCGGCUUUCACAUGAAGGUUCCGCUCCAACAGUUAGCAGAGAACAUCCAAGCUUAGUCCUGCACAUCCUCUGUCCCCCCAUUCCUCAGGUGGCUGUCCAUACAACUGCUGAGGGGAAGGGGAACCCUGAGAAGAAGGCCUCGCACCAGAGACCAGCCGGGAAGCUCCUGAGUGGGGAUUGCGUCUCUUCUGUGGACGAGAAGUGCCAGGACAGCCAGAAGAGACUUCUGCCCUGGCACUGUUAGGAAGCACGCUGGGACCUGGAGGAACACUCCCUGAACCCUGUGGGGGGAGAUGAUGGUUAUUCUCCUCCCGAGGCAAGGGAGAAGUUACCGAUUGUUCAGAGGCAAGAGAAGGCCCAGAAGAGAGCUCAGGCGUUGGGGACCAGUGUGAGGGGAAUGCCAACGAAGAAGAAUCAGAAGAAGAAUCAGAAAUAGUAAGAUCAAUAAAGACAACUGUAUUGG